GGCGGCGGGCGCGGCGGAGCGGGGGCUUCGCUCGUGACUUCGCUUCUGCCCGCAGAGCCCCAGAGGAGCGGCACCGUUGAGGGAACAGGCGCUUUCUUCCCGGUCGCGCCGGCGGGGCGGCACCGGAUUCAGGAGGACCGAGGGAAGGACCGGCGGAGAAGCAUCCCGGCGCGGGCCGUCCCGUCCCUGCCCGGUUCUGCCCGGCUCCGUGCGUCCCAUCGCGGCCCGCUGCCACCGGCCCGGGCCAUGGGCCGGCCCGACUGAGAACCCGCGGACCGUCCCGGCAGCCCGGCCGGUGCUGCACGGAGCGCCGAGGCGCGGCCGCAGCAGCGCGGGGAAGAUGCGCUCGGCGGCGCGGACGGCCGGGUUCCUCCUGCUCUGCGGGGUGGCCUUGGGUCUCUACUUCCCCAGGAAGGAGUACUUGGAGAAUGUCUACAUUGACGAGCCAGCGGGAACGCCGCUCCUGCGCAUCCAUGCCUUGAGGGAUUCACGUGAGGAAGUGGCCCACUUUCAUCUGUGCCAAAAUCUCAUAGUUCCUCGAGCAAGACCACAAGAAAAUAAUUGGUUCCAAAUCAGAGAAGAAACAGGGCUUCUCUACCUCAGCAAAAGCCUGGAUAGAGAGGACUUUAACAUGCUGUCUGUAGGAAAUUGGAUGCCAUUGUCCAAGGUGAUGCUGUAUGUCUUCCUUUCAUCCCACCCUUUCCAAGAGAAGGAAUGUGACUCUGCUACACGCACCACAGUUUUCCUCUCUUUGAUCAAUGCUACUGCACCAGCUUGCAGUUCCCUGACAGCAAGGCAGCUUUGCUUCACAGAAAUGGAUCUCUCCUUUCACAUCAAGGAGAAUAAACCACCUGGUACAUUUCAUCAGCUCCGAUUACCGUCAGUUCAUCAUCUGUGUCAGAAUCUCAGCAUUUCCUACAAACUGCUUGCAGCUGAAGGAGUUCCCUUUCGGUACAACGAGAACACCACCAGCGUGCGGGUGACGCAGCGCCUGGAUCGGGAGGAGAGGGAGAGAUACGAGCUCAUUGCCAAGUGCACUGUCAGAGAGGGGCUCAGGGAAAUGCAGGUGGAGGUGCCUUUCCUGGUGAACGUGUUAGAUGAAGAUGACUCUCCUCCCUUCCUUCCCAAUGGCACUGAUACUGCAGAUGCUGUGGUGGAGUUCAACAGGAAAGAGGGCACUGUUCUUUCCACGCUGACUGUGUACGAUGCAGACACCACACCUAUUUACCCCCUUGAAAGCAGCAGAAAGAAAUACACAGGAACCAUCAUUACUGACGAUCCCUGGAUAAGUGAAACAUUUCGUGUAGAGCACAUCUUUGAUGAAAUACACUUCAGCCCAAAUGGCAGCCAAGUGAGGGGGACUCGGCACGAGUACAAACUGGUACUGAAUAAAAGCAUUUCAGUCACAGAGCAUCGUUCCUUCCAGCUGGAUGUUUUGGUGAAUGACACAGAAUUUCAUGGCCCAGAAAGAUCGGUGAUGCUUCAUUUCAAUGUCUCCAUCCUCCCUGUCAGCAUUCAGUUUUCAAACAUAACUUACCAGUUCACAGUGAACAGAAAUGCUGAACGUUUUGCACAAGUGGGAAAGAUCUGCAUUGAAAACUGCAUGAAAUUCCGUGGUGUAAACAUCACGUACAAGUUGCUGUCCCCCAACUCCAGCUGCUAUCCUGUCAGCAUUCUGCAAGGCCGAGAGGACAAAUUUGGGAGUCUCUAUGUGAACGAUUCCUCUGUGCUGCGCAGACCCGAAUGCAAGGAAAUACAGUACACUGUUCAAGCCACUGACAAGCAGAGCAGGAAACACACCAAAACCCUCCUCACUGUUGUCCUGGAAGGGACUCUUUUAAAAAAAGAAGAGGACUGUCCUGACUCUUGUGCUAUAAGUAAGCACCGUGCUGAAUGUGAAGAAUGUGGUGGCCUGGGAGUGCUAACAGGAAGAUGCCAGUGGAGACAGGGGAGUGGGAAAGGGAUCACCACAAACUACUCCACAUGCACCCCGAGCAUCAAGACUUGUCCGGAUGGCAUCUGUGAUGUGGUGGAGGGCAGAGACCCGGCUGUGUGUCCCCAAGACUGCACAAGUGGAAACAUUAUUGGUGGCCAUGGGAAAGGCAUUGGAAAUCUUGGAAUUAAGUCAGGACAUGGGAUUUGUUACUGCUUCCCAAGACAGAACUGUUAUUGUGAGAAAGAUGAUAUCAAAGAGCAACUGUGCGAUGACUUGUGCAAGACUGUGAUCACAGGGGCAGUGGUGCUGUGCUUUGUCAUCUCCGUGCUGGUUUCUUUCUACUGCAUCCACCGCUACCACAAGAACUCCCCGAAGGCGCCCAUCGCCUCCGCGGAGAUGACGUUCCGGCGCCCCGCCCAGUCCUACCCCAUCAGCUACUCCUCCAGCAAUGUCCGCCGCCCUUCCCUGGAUUCCAUGGAGAACCAGGUGUCUGUGGACACCUUCAAAAUACCAGAAGAUCCAAAGUGGGAAUUCCCUCGGAAGAACCUAGUUCUGGGCAAGACUCUUGGAGAAGGAGAAUUUGGAAAGGUUGUCAAGGCGACAGCGUUCCGACUUAAGGGAAGGGCUGGCUAUACCACUGUGGCAGUGAAAAUGCUGAAAGAAAAUGCUUCCCAAAGUGAGCUGAGAGAUCUCCUGUCAGAGUUCAACCUUCUGAAACAAGUCAACCAUCCUCACGUCAUCAAACUUUAUGGAGCUUGCAGUCAAGAUGGCCCACUGUAUUUAAUUGUGGAAUACGCCAAAUACGGCUCCUUGCGCAGUUUCCUCAGGGAAAGUCGGAAAGUUGGCCCGAGCUACGUGGGCAGUGACGGCAACAGGAAUUCCAGUUAUUUGGAUAACCCUGACGAGAGAGCCUUAACCAUGGGAGACCUGAUAUCAUUUGCAUGGCAGAUAUCCCGAGGGAUGCAGUACCUUGCAGAAAUGAAGCUUGUGCAUCGGGAUUUAGCAGCCAGGAACGUGUUGGUGGCAGAAGGGCGCAAAAUGAAGAUUUCUGAUUUUGGCCUCUCGCGUGAUGUAUAUGAAGAAGAUUCCUAUGUAAAGAGGAGCAAGGGCCGAAUCCCUGUGAAAUGGAUGGCCAUAGAGUCACUAUUUGACCAUAUCUACACAACACAAAGUGAUGUAUGGUCAUUUGGAGUUCUGCUAUGGGAGAUUGUUACUUUAGGAGGCAAUCCUUACCCAGGUAUUGCUCCUGAAAGACUCUUUAACCUCCUAAAAACAGGCUAUAGAAUGGAGAGACCAGAAAACUGCAGUGAAGAAAUGUACAACCUCAUGUUGCGCUGCUGGAAGCAAGAAGCUGAUAAAAGACCAACAUUUACUGAGAUCAGCAAGGAACUAGAGAAAAUGAUGGUGAAGAGUAGGGACUACUUGGACCUUGCAGCUUCCACGCCCUCCGAUUCCUUACUGUACGAUGAUGGGCUCUCCGAAGAGGAGACACCUCUCGUGGACUGUAAUAAUGCUCCCCUCCCUCGAACCCUCCCUUCCACAUGGAUUGAAAACAAACUCUAUGGCAUGUCAUACCCGAACUGGCCUGAGGAGAGCCCCGUUCCACUCACAAGAUUCGAUGGCACUAACUCUGUGUUUUCAAGAUAUGCAAAUGAUAGUGUAUAUGCUAACUGGAUGGUUUCACACUCAGCGGCAAAAUUUAUGGACAAGUUUGAUAGCUAAAAUUUUCUUUGUGAAAGGUAAUGGACUCCUGAGGAAAGCAAGGAGGCAAAGAGUGGGAAGUCCAUUGACUUGUUCUUUGUACAAUCAACAACUAACUUUAAAAUUGGCAAAUCCCUUUAUUGGUAGUUUUUCAAGUGUGUUAUUUAUGCUGAAGACUAUAAUUGGUACUCUCUCCUUUCAGAAAACAUAUCAAGCUGGAUAAGAGUUAUAGUUCUGGUACUUCUUUCUAAGUUGCCAUUUUGCGUAUGGUUCUGUUUGGCAACUUCUUAGUGCAAAUGGCCUUGCACCUCAUCCUCGGUGGUUUUUAGACUAACCAUCCUGUGUUACAGCGUUCUGAGAUGGUAAAACAUACUUGAACUGCUACUUUUAUAGUGGCUGUUAGCAUAUAACCACUUGAUCUAAGCAGGAAGCACAAACAAUAUACAGAAGGAGGAGGGAAACAGGCUCCCAGAUUACUGAACUUGCUAUCGAGUGACAAGUGUUAGAAUGAUGUUGGCACUAACAAAGCCAGUAUCUUGGUUUGGAAGCAAACAUUUAGUAACUCAGUGGAGGACUUGAGAUUCAACAUUUGAAGUCUUGUAAAAUGUAUUGUCUUGUCUUAAUGAGAAGAGAAUUUGUUUUAUUAGUCUUAACUUCUCUUACCUUUAGCACAAUGGAGAUAGAUAAAUUUGAUACAAGAUAAGCUGUAUAGACUGAUGGCAAUCAGGAAUGUUUGUCUGAUACAUUUAGUUUCCAUCACUUUCCAUAUUAGUAAUGUUAAAACAUACAGUCUUGUACAAUCAUAGUUUCUUUUAUGAGUUAUAAAUAAGCUACGCAGGAUUUUUAGACUGAAUUAAUAAAUUAGAGUAGUAACAUCAUAGAAUGGUUUGUGUUGGAAGGGAACUUGGAGGUCAUCUAGUUCCAACUCCCUGCCCUGCUGCCCACUCCAGUGUGUGGGGAGGGACACCUUCCACUAAACCAGGUUGCUCAAAUUCCCAUCCAGCCUGGACUUGAACACUGCCAGGGAUGUGGCGUCCACAACUUCUCUGGGCAACCUGUUCCAGUGCCUCACCACCUUCAUAUUAAAGAACUUCUUUUUAAUAUCUAACCUAAAUCUGCCUUUCUUCAGUUUAAAGCCAUUUCCCUAUCCUAACGUUACACGCCCUGAUAAAAACUCCCUGUCCAGCUUUCCUGUAGCUCAUUUAGGAAGGCUGCUGUAAGGUCUCCCCAAAAAGGGAGCUGCUCUAAGGUCUCCCCAGAGCCUUCUCUUCUCCAGGCUGAACAGCCCAAACUCUCUCAGUCUGUCUUUAUAGGAGAGGUGCUCAGCCCUCUGACAGUCUUUGUGACUGUUGUCUGGACCUGCUCCAACAGGUCCAUGAAGUCCUUAUGCUGGAGAUGCCAGAGCUGAUGCAGCACUCUGGGUUGGGUCUCACAAGAAUAGAGUAGAGGGGGAGAAACCCCUCCUUGACCUGCUGCCCACACUGCUUUUGAUGUAGCCUGGAAUACAGUUGGCUUGUUGGGCUGUAAAAAUAUAUUCCCUGGUCAUAUUGAGCAUCUCAUCAAUCAACACCCCCAAAUCCUUUUCCCCAGGGCUGCUCUCAAUCCAUUCUCCUUUAAUCCUGUCUUUGUGCUGGGAUUGCCCUGACCCAGGUGCAGGACCUUGACUUGCCUUGUUGGACUUGAUGAGGUUUGUGUGGGCCCACCUCUAAAGCCUUUCAAGGUCCCUGUGGAUGGCAUCCCUUCUCUCCAUUGUGCCAGCUGCACCACACAGUGUCACAGAAAAACUUGCCGAGAGUGCCCUCGAUCCUGCUGUCCAUGUCGCCGACAAAGGUGUCAAACAGUGCCAGUCCCAAUACCGACCCCUGAGGAACUCAUCACUGGUCUCCACUUGGACACUGAACUGUUGACAGCAACUCUGAGUGUGACCAUCCAGACAGUUCCUUAUCCACCAAUGGUCCAUCCAUCAAAUCCAUGCCUCUCCAGUUUCAAGACAAGGAUGUAAUGUAGGACAGUGUUGAAUGCUCUGCACAAGUCCGGGUAGAUGGCAUCAAUCACUCUUAUCUUACCGACCAGCACUGCAUUCCUGUCGUAGAAGGACGUUUGUAGGGUUUGCCCUUAGUGAUGCCAUGUCACCUUAUUUUCCAUAUUUUGUCAUCAGGUUCCAUGGACUUGUGGACCCUCAGGUUCCUUAGCUGGUUCAGAACCUGGUCUUCCCCUGUGGUGGGUGUUUCUUUACUCUCACAGUCCCUGCCUUUGCCACCUUGGCAAAGGGGUUCAUGCAAACUUGGGCCUGAGUGACUGAAGAACUGGCUGGUGAAGACCAAGGCAAAAAUGUACUCAAUGACAUUGAGUACCUCAGCCUUCUCCAUGUCCCAGGUAACCAAGUCUCUCAUUUCUUUCUGGAGAGGGCUCACAUUUUCACCAAUGUACCUGUAGAAGCCUUUUUUUGUUGCCCAUGAUGUCCUUGGCUAGAUAGAAUUCAAUCAGUGCUUUAGCUUCCUAACCUGAUCCCUGGCUGCUUGGACAAUUUCUCUGUAUUCCUCUCAGGCUGUCUGUCCUUGCUUUCACCCUUUUUCUGUGGGGGAAGUAUAGGCUUCCUUUUUGUGUUUGAGUUUGUCCAGGAGCUCCUUGUUCAUCCAUGCAGGUCUCCUGACAUUUCUGCCUGACUUCCUCUUUGUUGCAACGGUCCUGACCUUGCAAGAGGUGAUCCUUGAAUAUUAACGAGCUUUCUUGGGUCACUCUUCCUUUCAGGCUUUAUCCCGUGGUACUCUGCCUAGAAGAUCCCUGAAGAGGCCAAGGUGUGCCUUCCUGAUGUCCAGGUUAGUGAGCUUGCUGUGUGCCUCCUCGCUGGCCUGAGGAUCUUGAAGUCCACCAUUUCAUGGUUGCUGCAGCCAAGGCUGCCCUUGAGAUUCACAUUCCCCACCAGCCUCUCCUUGUUGGAAAGAACAAGGUCCAGCAUAGUAACUCUCCUCGUUUACUUCUCGGUCACUUGGAGAAUCCAUGUAUUCCAAGAAUCUCUUGCCCUGCUGUGUUGUCCCUCCAAUGGAUAUUGGGGUAAUUGAAGUCCCCCAUGAGGACCAGGGCCUAUGAAUAUGAGGCAGCACCUCUGUCUGUAGAGGGUCUCAUCUCCUGCUUGGGUGGCCUUAGACUGUAAUGUCACUUGUCCUUGCCCUCCCUUUAAUCCUCGCCCAUAAACUCCUCAUCCAACCCCAGUAUAGCUCCAAACACUCCAUGUGGUCAUGGACAUAGAGGGCAACACUCCUUUUCCUGUUUCCUGCCUGUCCUUCCAAAAGGGCCUGUAUCCUUCCACUCCAACACUCCAGUCAUAGGAGCCAUCCUACCCCAUACCUGAUGCCAGUAAGCUCACAGCCCUGCAGGUGUGCACAAUCUCCUGCUGCUCUUGUUUAUACCUCCAUGCUAUGUGCAUUUGCAGAAAGGCAUUUAAGUUGGGCCUCUGAUGGAGCAGACUUACUGGCAGGAAUGGCUGGAAUUCCCUUGCACAGCACUUCAGGUUCUCUCUUGCUGAUUUGCAAUCCCUCUCCAAGCUCUGGGCAUCCCUUCCUAGUGCUGGCAUCAAAUGAGUGGGAGUGGAAUGGAUUGAGGAUUCCCUCUCUCAGCAGCUUCAGUGUAAGCCUUCUUCACCAGCUUGGCAAGCCUGUGACCAGACGUGCUCUGGCUGUUCCUGGCAGGUGGGCCCCCAUCAGACUCCGCCAGCCCAGGCUUUCAGCAAGAGUCCCCAGGAGCGGCCAGACCCCUGGCUGUGGCACUAGACCCCUAACCAUUUGCUGAUUUGCCAGAUUCACCUGGCCCUUUCAAAGCCCUUCCCUUUGACAGGGAGAACUGAUGAAAAAGCUGCCAGCACGUGAGUCCCUCAGCGCCACUCCCACGGAUAUGUAAUGUCCUUGGAUCCUCCUCAGAGCACUCCUGGCUGUAUUCCUGGUGCACGCAGGGAACAACAGCAGCAGAUGAUGGUCAGGAGACUGCCCGAGGCUCUGGGUGAUAUCCCUGCUGCAGCUCUCUGGUAAUCAGUCAGGUUGAUGGGUGGGUCCCUCGGUGCCUCUCGGAGGAGAGUCCCCUGAUACUGUCACCUGUCACCUUUGCUGGCUGUGCUGGUUGUUACACAGGGAGCAGAUGGGGCUGCCUGACGCAGCUCCAGCCUCAGCCUUGAUGUGAUGGGUCCUCCGUCUCCAGCCUGCAGAGUGCUGAAGUAGUUCUGCAGGGUCACCUCAGGCUUCAGGGAAGUGUCUUCCUCCAGCAGGUCCUUGUAAUUUCAAGUUUCCAUUCUUUUGCCUUACUGACACCCCUCCUCCCUUCUGUGUGUGCAUGGUGGUGGGGGAGUUUUUGCCUCUUGGGCUGUGGGUUACUGCAGGCUGCCCUUGGAACCAGCCAUCCAACUCCUUCACAGCCUGAAGUUAUGUAGCCUUCUCACCCCCUCCUGCAGCUCUGCCACAGGAUGUCCUCUGCCUCAGCACACCUUUUGCAGAUACUCAAGUACAGAGAUUUUGUUUGCAGUCUUGUUAAGUGGGUUGGAGACCUCCUCUCAGCUCCAAAUUGCGUAUACUGCCAUGCACAGACACUGCCAUAACAUAAUUCCAAAUAAACCUAUUACUUUGAAAGUAAAAAAUAAAAAACAGUUGCACAGAAAGCAUUGGUCUAAAACUCUGCUGUUGAAACUACUCAAGGCAAAUGUCACUGGAAUUUGUUAAGGUGGAAUAUAAAAAUGUCGUCCUUGCAAGAGUAAGUGACAUUUGGGAGAACAAUCAGACUGUGAGUCAUGUUCUAUGUGGAAGAGUAAAUGAUCAGCACUACUUUUGUCUUUAUUUGUAAUCUACCAUGGUUAAGGGUAACCUUUUGUUUGCUACAAUGUUGGGAUGUAAUUCCCGAGUGACUCGUUGUUAGCGUUGUGAUGGUUAUUCUAAAUAAUCCAAUUCUACCAAAGCUUGCUCCUGUCACAGUCCAAUUUAGAUGUUUCAGAUCUGUUUUCAGAUGUUGUUUUGUGUAUCAACUUUAUGUUUCCAUUAAAGUCUGUGAUUUCAGAAA